GGGAGGAGCACUGGCUCCUACACGUAGGGAUUUUCCCUGUGACAUGAGGCACCUCGAGAUAAGUUCUGUGGGGGAUUCCCCAGCCCGUCUCCAGAAAUACCACUCUCGAAGCAGAGACAGUUUCACUCUGCUCUCACAGCCCGUCCUGUGAAGAGGCAGUGCUGCUGCUCUGUGAUUUUAACCAACAAAAGCCAUGUCUACAGCAGCCUAUACUCUGCUCAUCACCCUGUGCAAUGUGUGGUGCUUGGUCCAUGGGGCUGCUGUAACUGGCCCAGAUGUUGCUGUGAGAUGUGCUGAAGAAGCGCUGCUGCCCUGUAAAGUUCUUCAGGACUCCCUGGUCACCUACCAGACAGUGUCUUGGUACAAAAUGGCUGGAGAUGGUGACGGAGUAGCGUGGAAAAUCCUUGAUGUGGAAUCUCAUUAUCCGAAAGGACUUGGAGGGUCCCUGGAGCUCACCAAUGACACCUUUUCGCUGAGGAUCAGAAAUGCUACCAGCCAAAACAGUGGCACAUACAGAUGCACUUGGGGGGAACAAGGAGGAGAACACAAUCUGAGUGGCACCGUCACACUAAAAGUAACAGGUUGCCCUGGAAUAGAAGACGAAAAACUAAAAAAAUACAAAGCUGAGCUUUUCAUGCUGACUUGCCUUGGGAUUUUUUACUUGCUGCUCAUCUUUUUUACCUGUACAUGUCUAAGAAAAGAGAGUAUGUCUCCCAGUUAUAAGAACAGCAAAGAUGAAAAGCACAUGCUCACCCUCGUCAAAGUACAAGAAAUGAAAACUUUCCAGGUUUUAAACGGUGACAGCAUACGCAAAAACGGCGUUACUUCAAGCUCCGUCUAAGUUGAUGUUGUUGACGGCACCGUGGACUUAUCAGUAAACAUAUGACUUGAGACGGGUAGCUAGGUGGUACGGAGAGGAGAGAAACAACGACGUACGGCCUCUCCAGGCCUGCCUGAUGGCACAGGUAACCCGUCGGCGAUGUGCUUGUGCUGCACAAGCCUUCAAAAAGCACUGGUAUGCACUACAGUAACUUUUGGUGCUAGGUGGCUAACAAAUGCCAUUACAGCUACGCAAUGGUAUCAUGAUGCUGUUAAAGAAGCUGGUAUCAACAUGUAUCACUCUGCCAUGCAGCCCUCUUGUUCUGAGCAAGACGGACUACUCCUGCGAUAUGAGGACCAGGUUGUAGGGACACCAUGGCAGUGCAAAGCCUGGUUAUUAGGCCUGCCAGUAAACUAAUAGCUAGUCCUGCAAAGGCAAACACCACAGCUGCUGCAGUAUUUUCAGAAAAGCUAAGUGUUCAGGGCUUUCUCUGUUCCACACUACGAGACUGAUCCUGGGUGGAGUUCCUUUAUUGCAAAUGAGAUGCGACUUGUACGAUGUUUGACUGUGGUGGAGAGGUAGCUUCAUGCUGUUGUCCUGGAUGAUUCAAAUCAAGAAGCAUUUUUAAAUUUCAGAGUGACAGACAAGCUGAAGUGUAGGAAGGGAGAAAAUGUUCUGGGAAUCUUUUUGGACUAAGAGGAACUUUUUAUCUCUGCAAGAGAAGGGAUGCACUUGCAUAAUGGGUCCAUCAGCCACGUCCUAGAGACAUCUCUAGAUAGGUUAAUCCACAGGGAGCUCCAAGAAGACUGUUAACCCUAAGGAAACAAAAAUAAGAGGGAAGCAGCAUGUGGUGUUCAGGAUACACAAAGACGACUUACUUUGUAGUUUGUAAAAUAAGAAGCCAAAUACAUGAAAUGAAGCCUAUGUCAAAUUACACCAGUGAUGACCAAGUUCACAGCUUGGAAGAAAUCAACCAUCACUAUCUUUGGGAUAAUUUGGGUCAGCCACAAGAUACAGGAAGACAAGAUGGGGCAAAUGAACUCCAGAUUUUGGUAUUGACAGUGUAGUUUAUGUGAAACAAGAAUACGAGAGAAGCUGAACUCAGACACAUGAUAUAAGGGAGAGAAGACUUAUCCUUUUGGGCUGAGGAGGACAAGAGGUAUUUUGGAGACUGAAAUCAAGUAACCCCACUUCCUGUGCUGCCAGUGCAGAAGGUGAAGCAAGAAGGAUCGAGAGUGACAGUGGGUGUUUAUGCCACCACAUGAGAAUUUGUGCCAAAACAUCAGAAUUUGCAGACACAUGAGAACACAAUCAAUACCUUCUACAAAACAAACCAACCAAGAAAACAAAAACCCUUUGAAAGCUAAACUGCAGCUCUGGGAUUUUUUUUUAUUGCAGUUUGGAAUUCCUGGCUGUGACAAAGAGGCUCUUUCUAUAAUAUUUCAACUAAUUUUGAAGUGUUGAUAGGAGGAAAGCACCGUGCAUCACUAAGUAGUGUCUCUGUGAGCGGGGUUGAUGUCUACGUUGAUGGAGUCCAAGGAGCUCCUGACCAGAAGAAUGGUUACAAGGGAUAUGCAAUUUACUUAGGGCAUGGUGAAUUAAUGUCACAUUUGCUUUUUUAUAAUCAAUUUUUACAUCUAAAUGUGUUAACAUACUUGAAAUAAAAAUUCAGAGGUAACCUA